AUGGAUUCAUUACUCAAAUGCUCAGACAUUGAGUACAAUGGCGAUCCGUUUAAACAAUUAGCACAAUACAAUCCAAGCGAAGCACCAUGGCCGUUUUCGAACGAAAUUCAACUUACAUUACUUACGAACGCAUCCAUGCAUUUACAACUAGACGCCAAACCCAGGGGUCGGGCCGUAAUAUUGGUCACAAUACCUGAGUUGGCCAAUGAGGCCGAACGGUUCAGAUCGAUCUUCACACAAUUACUAUUUAAACCAGAAGUAUAUACGCUAAUAACGCGAGACGAGAUUAUAGCGACUUUGACCGAGGUGGCCAAUACAGACUGUUACCAUGGUGACGCGUUUAUCAUGAUGUUUAUCGGAAAUGGAUAUAACGAGAAUAUAAUAGGCUAUCGACGUCCCGCAGACAAUGAAUGGCCGCCAGAGGAAUGCAAUCUUAUGCCCAUUAGUGAAAUAGUGGCCACAUUUAGCUGGACUCGUGCGCCAGCACUGCGCCAAAAGAGCAAGGUGCUUAUUUUCAACUGCGAACGCACAAAAAUUGAUUCGGAAAUGUACACUAAAAUCGUAAGAAAUCGUGAUUUUUGGGUGAAUUCUGAUAAGUGUGAUUUGGGUCCUAACGAACCGCCAUUAGUUGAUAAAAUGAUCAUGCUUGAUUCACAAUUUAACACGCACAAUGAACAAAUUCAUGUUAUAUACUCUUGUCGUGAGGGAUACGAGUCGUGGUACUCGCCUGUUAACGGUCCCAUUGGUUACGUAACCCGUUUCGGUCAAACACUGAGUCAUACAAUAGCGCAGUACUCGGCGUACACAAGCCUACGGGAGAUGUUUGUAAUGGUUACAUUAAACCGUAUGAAAGACGACUGUUUUAACAAAUUUUUGUGGCAAUUGCCUGAUAUCGAAAUGUUCGGAGUGACCAAGGAGCUUUGUUUUUACCUUGACUCAUCCAUAACUAAUCCUGACCCUGAUCAUUUUGCAGACCCCUAUGAAUUUAAACGGGAACGGUUUCUACCGGAUAAUCUAGAUAACAUCAAACCGUAUACAUACCUACCCUUUGCCACCGGCCCUCGCAAUUGCAUUGGCAGUCGUUUUGCUGUAUUAGAGCUCAAGUAUACGUAUGAGUUUGUGGCCUGCGAUGAGACCAAGGAAAUGGACUAUUACAAUCUAUUGAUACAAAUAGCCAGUGUUUAACGCAUGAUGGUCAAGAUCAAGCACCGUGAU